UGUUAAUAGAAUUCUGUCAUAGUAAAUGUCCUGUGUUUUCCAGGUAUUGGGCUGGACAGUCACUUGUUAGAGAUUUUCAUUGAUAUAUCUAAGGAAAGUUGAAGUUUAGAAUGUGAAAUUUUGGAUGCAUUAUGUGUAUACGAUUUUCUUGACUUCCACAGGAAUUUUAGGUAUUUUGCAUUGGCACAUUGUUAUACCAAACAGGUGCUUUUCUUCUGUUUCACCUGCACAUAAACACAAUUUUUGCAAUUUCUGACACACAUAAAAAAAGAAUAGAGAUAAACCUCAGAAAAUACAUCGCUAGAAAGAGGAACAAAAAAUUGCACAUUGCAUUUGCAAGUGGGUAUUGUGUUAGGAAGAUAGUGUAAGAAAGCAUGAGUUACUCUCAAUAUAAGCAGCAUCUCUAGAAUAGAAUGUACCCUAUUCAUUUUAACUUGAGAAUUUUAUCUGUAUUCAAAGAUGAAACAGGCAAUCUUCAAGCCUCUGGAGUUUCUGGUGUUCAUAUUGGCAAUUGCAUCCUUUCUGGGGCAAGGUAAAGCCAAGUUCUGUUCUAACAGUCUAAUUUACUCUCUUGUUCAGCUACUUCCUUGCAGGCCUUCACUUUCUCCAUUCCACCCUAUCCCACCAAGUCCUCUCUGUUGCAAUGCUAUCGAAACUCUAGGCCAGUCCUGUAUUUGCGCGUUGUUGGAUGCUCCCCCUGUUUCUGGUGUUGACUAUAACUUGGCCAUGUCUCUACCUCAGAAAUGCGCUUCAAAUUUUGAGCCAUGUUUCUAGAAGUUGGGAGGAUUGUGGGGUGUGUGAAGAUGAUGAAUAAAGCUGCUUAUGAUGUUUAGAUAGAUGUCAUGGUUGGAUAUAUAUUUAAGUAAGAAUAAAUAUGUUUCUUUCAACUUUGGGAUUAGAAUGACUUUAGAAAUUCUUAGAGGUGCUUCCUAUGGACUCAUUGGUUGAAAGAUGAGUUUGGUGAGUCAUGUGAAAUGCAAAGAUGUGGAGUUGAGAUUUCUUGUCAUAAUUAGACAAUUUUACUAGAUAAUACAUAACUUUUUUUUCUUUA